AUGAGGGGCCUUAUUUCAAUACUAUUCGUAUUAUCAUUCUGCGCUUCUGUGAUAAGAUCGGAAGACGUGGGAUGUUUUAGCUCUAUCAGCGGUAUUAAACUGCUGAGCUCAGCACAGUAUCAAUCUUCAGGAAAAUGUAUGCAAACAUGUUCAGAUUACCCAUACUUUGCUUUACGUAAUGGUGAUAUGUGCUACUGUUUAAGUUCGAAACCGACUUCAAAUGAGGUCUCAAGUUCACAGUGUAAUGUUGGUUGUGAUGGUUAUGGCCAGGAGGAUUGUGGUGGAAGCAGCGCGUAUCGAGUGGUUGUUGGUUUGGGAUCUUCAGAUUCCUCUUCUGAAGAUUCUUCUUAUAGUCUGACAGACCAAUCUUACGCUUCUUCUACUGACAACGACGUAGCGUCAUCAACUGAGGCGUCUACUUCUACGGACUCUUCAGCUUCUACUAGUGCUCCUGAGUCAACGACAUCAGACUCGCUGGUAUCAAACACCGUAAUUACAAGCACCAAGUCAUCUAAAGGGUCUAUCAUAUAUAAAACUGUCACUACCGAUGCCGCUCACUCGUCUGGCUCCAAACUGUCGACGACUUCACAUUCUACAACAUCUAAGUCGUCGGCUACGUCGACUAAAGCAGCAUCAACUUCAUCAUCGGAGUCAUCAUCAUCGUCAAAAAAGGAGAGCAAAAGUAAAGUUGGACCAAUCGUAGGAGGUGUAGUUGGUGGCAUAGGUGGUGUUAUUUUAGUGGCUAUCGCUGUAUUUUUCAUCAUAAAGAAAAGAAGACAAGAUGACGAGGACGACGAAGAGGAAUUCUACGAUAAGUCAUCAGGACUUGGAAGAGGAGGGACUAACAAAUCUAGGUAUGGAAAUUCGCCAUUGGAUAGACCCGUUUCCAAUCCUUUUACACACCCUUCAGAUGCGACAGUUGCUGCAGGUGGUGGUGGUUCUGCUGGAUUAGUAGAUCCAAGAUUAAAUCCCAUGAUGAUGGGACGGCGAAGAUUAAGUGAUGGAUCUUUAGCUGACGAGGCGGAUUAUUCAAGAAAAAUUUUACAAGUUGCAAAUCCUGAUUCUUAG